AUGCAAGAUGAAGAAAAUUACCUUGCUAGAUAUGACAUUUACGGAAACAACGAUCCGGGCGAUGAUGAUAACUAUGACUUCAUGGAAACUACAGUAGAAGAUGAAUACGAACCCAUAGACGAUUUCACUGGCCAUGGUGGAGACCACAGCGAAGGCUGUGACGAUAAUGAUGAUGAAGAAAAUGAAACAGGUCAUCACGAGGAUGAUGGUAAUAACGACAAUGAAGGGCAUAGGAAAGGUCAUCGCGAGGAUUAUCGUGGGGAUGAUGGUAAUCACGACGAUGAAGGACAUGAAGGAGAUCAUCACGGAGAUUACCGUGGAGAUGAUGGUAAUAAUGAUAACGAAGGACACGGAAGAGAUCAUCGCGGGGACCAUGACGGAAACGAAGGCUAUCCCCAACUUGAAGGAACAAACUAUGCCCAAGGGGAAGGUUUUGGCCAUCCUGACGCCUCUGGCACAAACUACGCUCAAGGCGAAGGUUUUGAUCAUCCUGACGCCUCUGGUACAAACUCCGCUCAAGGCGGAGGUUUUGAUCAUCCUGACGUCUCUGGUACAAACUACGCUCAAGGCGGGGGUGUUGACCAGUCUCAAAUGUAUGGUGCUGGGUUUCCAGGAGGUUAUGGCGAAGGCCCUGGCUAA